UCUCUUUUUUUUUGCUACAAAUUCCUUGCUUUUUUGACUAGUCCUACUGCAUGCUUAUAAAAUGCUCUCUUAGCUCUCUCUGUAUGCCGUGUCUGGGAUCCCCCACCAGAAGAAGACCAACUCUUUUGGCUCUCUUUCAAAAGGAAUUCUUCUUAAAAAAAUAGAAAAAUACUUGCCUUUUGGCUUGUCAGAAAUGAAGAAAGCCGAAGCUCUCAUCUUCUUGCCUUCCAUCCUCCUUGUUCUCCUUCUGUCUUGGAGUCCCGUAGUUGUAUCUCAAGAAGUUGGUAACGAGAGUUGGAACCCUUAUCUAUGAAAACAGAGACUUAUAAAUGGUUUUUGACAGCUUUAAUCGGUUCUCUGUGGUUGGUGCAGAGGAGGAGGAGUUCAGCUAUGAGGAAGGAAGCCCCAAUGGGCCGGAUCACUGGGGAGAGAUACACAAGGAGUGGGCUGCGUGUAACAAUGGAGACAUGCAGUCGCCAAUUGAUCUGACCCAUGAGAGGGUGAAGAUUUUCCCUGGAUUGGGGAGACUAAAGAGGAGCUACAAGGCCUCAAACGCAACGCUUAAGAAUCGCGGCCAUGACAUAAUGUUGAAAUGGGCGGAAGGAGGAGGGUGGAUUCGCAUCAAUGGAACAGAGUACCAGCUUAUGCAAUGCCAUUGGCACUCUCCGUCGGAACACAGCAUUAAUGGCAAGAGAUUUGACCUUGAGAUUCACAUGGUUCACCAAAGCUCUGACCAAAAAAAUGCUGUCGUGGGCAUCAUGUAUAAAAUUGGACGGCCAGACACAUUUCUUUCAGAACUAAUGGAACACAUUAAAGAAAUUGCUGACGCCGAAGAAAAGGAGACAAACGUAGGCAUGGUCGAUCCAAGGGACAUAAAGAUAGGAAGUAGGAAGUAUUAUAGAUACAUGGGAUCUCUGACAACCCCACCUUGCACUCAAGGUGUUGUAUGGACUAUUACUAAGAAGGUCAGAACUGUUUCAAGAGAACAAGUGAGGUUGCUAAGGGAGGCUGUGCACGAUAAUGCAGAGAACAAUGCGAGGCCAAUCCAACCAAUCAAUGAACGCGAGAUCCAGUUUUAUACUCCAAAGAUUGAUGAAAGGGAUCAACGUUUUCCGCAUUAAUCAAAUGAUCUAGUGAAUGCCCCAUUUGUUUCUCUAAUGUCUUGUAUGUCUUUUAGCUAGUUGCUAAUAAAUAAAGUUAUUCAUUUUGAGAGAAGAUAAUAUUAAUUUGUUAUUUACUAUUUAACCUCAUGGGAAGAGGUAAAGUUGUUUGAAGAAAGAAUACCCUUGAAGUUCAUGUGAAUUAUCAAAUAAACAAUAUGAUGUCUUCUAUGUCAUUGCAAAAAUUAUCCUCUAAA